ACUCCCCCGCAGUCCUUAGUCUAUAAAAGCCCACAGAGUCUGAAUUCUGAAAGAUGUGAUCUUAUAGUUCUUAACGGUAAUCGAUUCUUCUUCCAUUCUUUGGAAAAAUAUGAAACUGAAGUAAGAAGUGAUGGGUGUGGGAGGGAAAUUCUGGGACUUGCUAAAACCCUACGGCAGAACGGAAGGUUUCGAUUUCUUGAGAGACAAACGGGUUGCUGUGGACCUCUCUUACUGGAUUGUGCAACACGAGACCGCAAUUAAAACUCAUGCUCGUAAACCCCAUCUCAGACUCACCUUCUUCCGUACAAUCAACCUCUUCGCCAAGUUUCGAGCAUAUCCAAUCUUUGUUGUCGAUGGAACUCCGUCGCCUUUGAAAGCCCAGGCGAGGAUAAUGAGGUUUUUCCGUUCUUGCAUAGAUUCUUCAAGUUUACCCGUGCCUGAAGAGGGCAUUUCUGUAGAGAGGAACCGGGCAUUUCAGAAAUUUGUUAAAGAGUGUGUGGAACUGAUCGAACUAUUUGGGAUGCCUGUACUAAAAGCAAAAGGUGAGGCUGAAGCACUAUGUGCCCAGUUAAAUAGUGAAGGUCAUGUAGAUGCAUGCAUCACAGCUGAUAGUGACGCGUUCCUCUUUGGGGCUAAAUGUGUGAUAAAAUGCAUCAAACCCAACACAAGAGAACCAUUUGAAUGCUACUGUAUAUCAGAUAUAGAAGCUGGUCUUGGGCUGAAGAGGAAACACUUGAUAGCCAUAUCUCUUUUGGUUGGUAAUGACCAUGAUUUAAAUGGGGUGCAAGGGAUUGGGCUUGACACAGCUCUUCGUUUUGUCCAAAAGUUCAGUGAAGAUGAGAUAUUAAAUAGCUUACAUGAAAUAGGCAAUGGGGAUAUACCACAAUAUCAGAGUGGCAUUGAGUCUGCAGAUGAUGUUGUGCCCUGUUUAGAUGAAAGCUCCCCAAAGAAAAUAUCUCAUUGUUCCUUCUGUGGGCAUCCAGGCAGUAAGAGAGCUCAUUUCAAGUUUUCUUGUGAAUAUUGUUGCAAUGGUGAUAGUGUGGAUUGCAUUAAAAAGCCAGAAGGGUUUAAAUGUAAUUGUUCCAACUGCAUUAAGAAUAAAAAAGACAAGGAGCAAAAGAAGCAUGAAAAUUGGUGGAUUAAAGUUUGCAACAAGAUUACUAUGGCGUCAAAUUUUCCAAAUGACGAAAUCAUUGGAAUGUAUUUAUGCGAUAAUCAUGGAAACUCUAUUGCUGCUGAUGGCCCUUCUAUAUCAUGGGAAAGCCCAAAAACUGAAAUGGUAGUUGAUUUCUUGGUUUUUCAUCAGCUUUGGGAACCAUCAUAUAUUCGUCAAAGGAUUCUUCCGAUGCUGUCCACCAUAUAUUUGAGAGAAAUGGCUACAAAUCCAGUGAAAACUUUGCUAUAUGGGCAAUAUGAAUUUCAUUCUAUACAGCGUGUGAAGACAAGAUACGGACAUCAGUCUUAUGUGGUCAAGUGGAAGAAAGCUGCAUGUGCAACAGGCAAUGUUAUGUAUGCUGUCCCUGUUGAAGAUUCCGAGUCGCAUCAAGAGUGCAUGGAAGUCAAUGAAUCCGUUGAUUUGUUGGAUGAAUCAAAUAGCCCUCAGAUUUAUGUUGAUGAUGGGUGCUGGUUUUUGCUGACAGAUGAGGAUAUGGAUCUUGUGCAUUCUGCAUUUUCUGGGGAAGUUGAUAUAUUUUUGCGAGAAAAGGAAUUGAAAGAACUGAAAAAAAAAAAAGAUUCAAGGUUAAGAUCUGAAGGGUCCAGUAAAAGAUUAGAAUCGCCAAACCCAAAGGGUGUACAGCUUAGCAUUACCGAAUUUUAUCGCUCAACCAAAGUACAACUUCAGGCAAAUUCAGGAGAAGAUAUAACCAAGAAUUCCAGUAGCCAGAGUGAUCAGACAUCGAAAGGGAAGAGGAAAAUGUCAAGUCUUAACCUUUCCAAGUCUGCAAGGCGUCGCCUUUUAUUUAACUAGGAAAUUUUGAGGGUUCCUUUGGCCUCUUUUGCUUUAUUGAUUUAGAGAUGUUAAAUUAGUUGCCCCUAGUCUUUCAGAGUGUUUUCUUAAAACAUGAGAAAGAAAAUUUUGUAAUUAAAGGUUAAUAUGAUGUAGUAGUAUUUUGUUUUUCCAGAAAUCUAUCUGUGUUUAAGUCAUCAUCUCUCUACACAAGUUGCUGCCCCUCUCACUGUAUCUGCGCUGAUGCAUUUACUACCAUGGUGCAGGAACUAAGUUAAGUGCUCUGAA